AAACAUAAGUUUGUGUCAAUGGUUAAUGAGGAGAUGUUGCAAUUAUUAUGAAACAAACGUAAAGCGAGAGUGUUAUGAUUAUUAAGAAACCCCAAGGAGUACGAAAGUAAGCAAAUUAAAUUGGGACGGACCGACGUUGAACUUGGUCUAAGAAGCCAGUAGCCAGUAGGAUUCGAUCCCCGGUUCUCUGCCUGGUGUACAAGAAUACCGAUUGACUUUUAAUUGUUUUUUUCCUCUACCCCCCCCCCCCCAAAAAAAAAAAAAAAAAAAAAAAAAAAAAAAAAAAAAAGUAGACUUGGAAAAGAAAGGAGAAAAAGAAGGAAGAAGGGGAAGGUUUAUGAUCAAAUAAACAAGUUUGAAUUUUGUAAUGGAAAUCCAAACGAUUGAUAAAUCUAAUAGCGGAUCAAUUUUGCAAUUUGCACCUCUCCAAAGUUCAAUAGACGAGGGUUUUUGGCAUCGCCUUUGUUCUUUGAAGCUCAAUCACUGGAAAACCGAUGAAUCAGCUGUUUCUAUUUCUGGAUUUUUUGCACCAUGUUCACAUCAUCGCGUAUCAAACCACUUGACUGUUCUUUCCGAAUCUUUGCCAUCUGAAACUAAUGAGGAUUUAUCAUCAAAAAAUUCAAACCAUUCGAAUAGAAAUAAAUGCGCUAUCCCUGGCACCCUCUAUAACACAAAUACAAUAGAGGGCUUUCGUCAGCUUGACAAACAAAAGUUAUUGAAAGAAGAAGCAGAAAAGAUUUGGGAUGACAUUCGUAAUGGAAAGGUUGAGGAAGACUGUGCAUUACUUUCUAGAUUUCUUCUUAUCUCAUUUGCUGACCUCAAAAAAUGGAGGUUCUACUACUCUGUUGCAUUUCCUGCUUUAGUGCUUGAUCCUCCAGCAACCUUUGUUGAUCUGAACCCUGCUUCAGAGUGGUUCAGCGUGGAAGAGGCUAAGUCUGUUUCUGCUGCCUGCAAUGAGUGGCGUAGUUCAACAGUCACUGCUGGUGUUCCCUUCUUUCUUGUUACUAUUGCUUCAAAUUCACAUGCAACAGUUAGACAACUUAGUGAGUGGGAAUCCUGUCAACGAGACAGUGAGAAGGUCUUGUUUGGCAUUUAUGAUCCUUGUCAUCUUACAAAUCAUCCUGGUUGGCCUCUUCGCAACUUUCUUGCUUUUUUGCAUACAAAAUGGAACCUGGAAACUGUCCCCUUCUUUUGCUAUCGUGAAAAUCGUGGUUUUGCUGAUAUGGGUUUGUCACUUGUUGGUGAAGCGCUGAUAUCUCCACAAGGAUGGAAGGAUCAGGGACAUGUGCCUAAAGCUGUUGGAUGGGAACUUGAUAGAGAGAAAAAAUUAACAAGAUCCAUUAACCUUGCUACAUCUAUGGAUCCUACUAGGUUGGCUGAAUCUGCUGCUGAUUUGAAUUUGAAGUUGAUGAGAUGGCGGGCUUUACCUUCUCUGGACUUGGGUCUUUUAUCUGCUACUAGGUGUCUUCUUCUUGGGGCAGGCACUCUAGGUUGCCAAGUUGCUCGAACACUGAUGGCUUGGGGUGUGCGGAAGAUUACACUGUUAGACAGUGGCAAGGUGGCCAUGUCUAAUCCAUUAAGGCAAUCAUUGUAUACAUUGGAAGAUUGUCUCAAUGGUGGUCAAUAUAAAGCCAUGGCUGCAGAGAGAAGUCUCAAGUCUAUAUUCCCAGCUGUGGAUGCAAAAGGUAUUGUGAUGGCCAUUCCAAUGCCUGGGCAUCCAGUUUCUACUCAGGAAGAGAGCAAGGUGUUGGAUGAUUGCAGACAACUACAGGAAUUAAUUGAUUCCCAUGAUGUAAUUUUCUUAUUAACUGAUACAAGGGAAAGUCGAUGGCUUCCAACACUCCUCAGUACCAAUUCUAACAAGAUUACUGUGAAUGCUGCAUUGGGGUUUGAGAGCUUCUUGGUUAUGCGCCAUGGAGCUGGUGCUGUCAGUUCCUCUGAAGUGGCUAAUGCUUUGUCGUCUGGCAUGGGGAACUUGGCUAUAAAGGAUGAAGACAAGGGGACUAGAUUGGGCUGCUAUUUCUGCAAUGAUGUGGUUGCACCAAUUGAUUCAACUUCCAACCGCACUCUGGACCAGCAAUGUACUGUCACACGUCCAGGUCUUGCUCCAAUUGCUUCAGCACUUGCAGUUGAGCUUUUAGUGGGACUUCUCCAUCAUCCUCUUGGGAUGUAUGCACCUGCUGAAAAUUCAGGCUUAAGUGCUAGUGGAAGCAGUGAGCAACCUCUUGGUAUAAUUCCACACCAAAUUCGAGGCUCACUGUCUCAAUUUUCGCAGAUGACACUUGUUGGUCAUGCUUCAAACAGCUGCACAGCUUGUAGUAGAAUUAUUGUAUCAGAAUUCCAGAAGAAUGGAAUGGAUUUCAUUUUGAAGGCUAUUAACCACCCCACAUAUUUGGAAGAUCUAACUGGACUAACAGAGUUACAGAAGUCGGCUAACUCAUUUGAUGUAGACUGGGACAUCGAAGAUGAAAUUGAUGAUGAUGAUUGUGUCGAAAUCUGAAGUUGAAAUCCUCACUUCUUCUGAUUUUACUUUAGCAGUGUAGUUUGUAUUUGCUGUAAAUUGAAAAGGAAGUACAAAACACUAUCUUGAAAAGGAUGUCAAUGUCGUUUGAUCUAAUGAUCGUUUAGGUUGGCCACAAGUUUGUUUACUUAACAAAUGCUGUAAAGAAACGAAAAUAAACCUGUACUAUACUCUUUCCAUCUGCAAAUAUCGGUCAUUUAUACUAAUUUGGAAUUUUUAGGAGAAAUGAAAAAAACUGUUAUUACUUUCA